CUUUACUUCUCCCCUCACCCGCAACUACCCAACGAGGACUCUCAAUCAUCCAACAUCCUCGAAGAAUUUAGAGUCUCACAUUGUUGUAUCUUACUCAUAAUGAGCGUCAUUCUUUGUACUGCGGGUUAUGAUCAUACUAUUCGAUUUUGGGAGGCCCUCUCAGGAAUAUGUUCGCGAACAAUUCAGCACCCUGACUCUCAGGUUAAUCGUCUCUGCAUCACUCCCGACAAGCGCUACCUAGCGGCCGCGGGACACAACAAUGUCAAGCUCUAUGAUAUCAAAUCAACCAAUCCGAAUCCAGUCAUGACAUUUGACGGUCACACGAACAACAUCACGGGGGUCGCAUUCCAUUGUGAGGGGAAGUGGAUGGUUACCAGCUCUGAGGACGGGACGGUGAAAGUAUGGGACACUCGUACUGGAAGCUUGCAGCGCAAUUAUGCACAUAAAUCUCCAGUCAAUGACGUGGUGAUCCACCCCAAUCAGGGUGAGCUAAUUAGCGGUGACCGAGCGGGUAUCGUCAGGGUUUGGGAUCUGGGGGAGAGCGUCUGCACACAUCAACUCAUUCCUGAGGAGGACGUUGCUGUGCAGAGUGUUAGUGUCGCAAGCGAUGGCUCUCUUCUUUGUGCAGGGAAUAAAAAGGGCAAUGUCUACAUCUGGCGCAUGAUCCAGGACGCCGAAUUGACUCGUAUCGUCCCAAUCUGCACCUUCCAAGCUCACAAAGACUAUCUCACACGGGUUCUCCUUUCUCCUGACGUCAAGCAUUUGGCGACUUGCUCCGCCGACCAUACCGCUAAGGUCUGGAAUCUCGAUCCGGACUUCCCCCCCGCCAAGAUGGCAGCGAUAACAGCAGCCAAGGCCAGAGCCAACGGCAAUGAGUCGCCUGCGCCGGAAGCCAAAGAGCCUGUAGCGAAAGAUCCCGUUGCCUCCCCGACAUCGCCCAAAGUCCAGGACCUUCACGUUGGCGCUGACCUGGGAAGAAGCGGGGAGUUGAACCCGAUUACCUACAUCAGGGGAAAUGCUCCUGCGAAUCCGGAGCCGCAGCAGACUUUCCCGGUGCAACCGGAUGGACCUCCCAUGGAUAUGACUACCGGGACGCCGUUUCUAGAGACCACAUUAGCCAAUCAUCAGCGCUGGGUGUGGGAUUGCGCGUUCUCUGCAGAUUCCGCCUAUCUUGUCACAGUUUCGAGUGAUCACUAUGCGCGUCUGUGGGAGCUGGCUUCGGGUCAAAUCAUUCGUCAAUACAGCGGGCAUCACCGCGGGGCGGUAUGUGUCGCACUGAACGACUAUUCGGAGCCCCGUUGAGGUUGGGUAGAGUAGCCCAGGAAAUUCCGGGAUUCGCAUGCAUGUCACUACAUGUCCAUGUUCAUGAUCUGUUUUGUCUUUUGUCUCGAUUGAUUCACUUGUUCCUUGGUUAGCAUGGCGCCUGGUCUUGGGAGAAGGAAAGCUUUUACUACCGCUACGUACGGUGUUCGGUUGUCCCCCUUAGCUUAUCCAUUCUAAUUAUCUUUCCUCGGCCUUCUUCAUUAUUUACUCAUGAAACUGGGCGGUUUUUAACUGGCAUUGAAUUUGAAGACACGAUUGGUUGAAUGCAUUCGCUGGUGCAACCUUUUUAACCUCUUUGCUUGUCUCUCGAGACUUCUUCCACCCUAGCGUGUUGGAGAGUUAACUUCUACAGGUCUCGGCACCUGAAGUGCUGAUACAAAUUGCGGCAAUUCUUG